AUGGCUGAUCGUGGAGGAGCCGUCCAUCCUAGAGACCUUCUAGAAUGGAUUGCGGAGCGAACUAGCUGUGGUGAAGUUGAAGGCUUUGCAGAUCUACAGGAUGGAGAGAUACUUCUUGAGAUGGUCCAGUCGGUAUGGCCAGACCUUUCCCCAUUGGGAACGACGACGUAUGAUGCUUGGGAAGGGAUCUCGCGGAUCGCCAAUGCAGCUGAUGUACCCAUGGGCAUCCUAGAUGCCGCAGCUCGAUGGUCCAAGGCAAGCAAAGAGGACUUGAAUGAUAAGGCAUUUGCCUCUGCUAUUUAUAACACACUUGCUGCACUCUACUUCCUCUGGAGUUUGUGUGAAUGCCACGAUUUCACGGCCAACUUUGCAAUCCCCAUCGACUCGUAUGUGGCCAAAUUCCUACAGUCGGACGCUUCCGUGCGGAGCUUGAUCAAGGGAGGGGCGCUGGCUGCUGAAGUGUCCGAGACUGCACAUAAAAAGGACGAUAUUGCCAAGACCAUCGAACCCGACAAUCCUUCCCGAGCUGAUCGUGGGAAGUCUCCACAUGCACCGCCGAAUGCGCCUACACCUCCAAACAAUCCACCGCCUGAUUCCAGCAAGGAACCGAAGAAAAAACAGCCGAAGGGCGUGCAGCAGAUGAAGAAAGAGAGUGCCCCGGCGCAGGCGGCUGAGAGACUAUCAGAAUCGACAACAAGCAACUGUCGAUGGUCUUGCGGUGCUGAUGCGGCCGAAAGGGGGGAGGCGACGAUACACAGGCUGAGAAGCGAGGUGAAGAGACUCCAGCGGCAGCUUGAGAUGGAGAGAGAGAGCUACGCUGCGAUGGAAGAAGUAACGAAGCGGAAGCUUAUGGAGCAGGAGCUAAGGUUCGCUCAUGAAGUGGAGCUCCUCAAGGAGGGCCACAAUGCAGCGCUAUGGGAGGCCGAGUCGGGCCUGGCAGAAGAUGCGGUGUUGAAAGCUAGAGUCAUGAAGGAUCAGGCGGGAAGCUUCCGCGACCGACCGCCUACCUUGAGAGAAUACACGGCUUUGGAAGAGGCUUUGUCGCGAAUGGAUGUAGCAAUGCGGAAACAGAAUGAACGCAUGCGAGCUCUCGAGGAGGAGAGACUCCAACUGGGAGAUCAAAUGCUAUUGGGUUUACCAUCCCGUCACUCCAACACCACCGUACAGACAGUGCGGGAGAUGUAUGAGGCUGUGAUGUCGAGCAUGGACCGGAGGCGUUCGGGCAGGGAACUGCCUAGCGCCGAUCGAGAGAUACUUCUGAAUUUGGAGAAGCUGAUAAACAGACUCGAAGAAGAGAGAAUACUCCUUGAACGUCGGUCUAGAGAUAUGGAAGCUCCGUGGAAGGUUUCGAGUCUGAGCGAUCAAGCAUCGGAGUGUAGCGGGAUAGGGGUCAUGGAUAUGAACUUCUCUGCGGGAGACUCGAGCACGGUGGCCUCUGUUUGUGGAGACGCCGAAGCAAUUGAGAGGUCUCUCAGGAUUGAGAGAGAAUGCGAAGAGUUGAGAGCAACCAGUUCGUAUCUGAAGCAACGUUUGAAACUAGUCGAGGGUUCCGAAUCCACGAAAGAACACACAACCAACGACGAAGCGCAACUUGUUGCUCUACUUCGACGACUCCGGGCCAGUGGUUUCGAGUCCUCUCGUACACUACUGCUCCUCUUCUGGAAGAUAAUUGGAUCAGCUAUACGGGCACGGAAGGAAGCAAGCCUCGUGAGGGCCGAGGUCGUCGGUGUGCGCAACCGCCUGCGAGAGAUUGAAGCAGCGAAAAGUGAACUUGCACACGCACAUACCGAUGAGAUCGAUUCUUUGAAGAAACAGCAUCGUCGGGAGUUGAAGAAAAUGAGUGAGGAAAUGAUGACCAAUAACAGCGAAGCUGAACUACGAAAGGAGAUGGCUGAGAUGGCCGUCAAAAGCAGGGAGUCUGAGAUAGCACGCCUCCGCAACGAUAUGGCGAGGCAAUGGAAACGGUGUUGGGUGACCGAUACGGAGAGAUUCGAAUUCCUCUGGGACGAGCUGCAAGCUUUGCGGCUUCAAAAUGAAGUGCUCGCCAUCCGAGACAGGUUGCUGAAGGAUCUCGUGAAGGAGACAUCGUCAAACCAGAAAAAUGAGCAUCGUAUGAAACAACUGUGGGCGAAGCUCUCGGCAGCGGACCGGAGAAUCACCGACUCUACUGGGUUCGUUGAGCAGAAGCAGCUCCUGCAGAAUGCUGUCGAGGACCGAGUGCGAGUGUAUGAGACGCGUGUAGCUGAUCUUGAACGAGAGCGGCUCGGGGACGAGCUCAAUCCGCAAGCCGUUGCUGAGCUACAGGAGAGAGUUGUGAAUGUGGAAGCAGCGAAGUCCAAGUUGGAGAACGAGAAAGGAAUGCUCGAGAAAGAGGUGCAGGCCAAAACAGAGGAACUCUUGCGCAUCCAACAGGAGCAGGAACGAACAUCUACGGCCAUGCGAGAGGCACUGGAUGUCGCCGUACAGGAGAAAGCUCGACUGAGUACCGACUUGGACAUAUAUAACGAACAGCUCAGCGCUAAUGAGGCCCUGAGGGAGCUGCUGAUGAUGGCGAAAAUUGAACCUCUCAAAUUGCCGAGGACAGCACCAUGA